AUGGCUCACUACUCUGCCUUCAACAUUCGCGUAAUCCUCGCGCUCACUCUAGGCAGUCUUACGUAUGGCUACGCUUUCAGCGUCAUUUCCAACACAAUCGGCCAACCUGGCUUCCUCACCUACUUCAACCUUGAUUCUGAUCCCACAUACACCGACUCAAUUGAAGGUGCUAUCAACGGUUUAUUCAAUGGAGGCGGCAUCUUCGGCUCGAUCACUGUCGGGUACACCUGUAACAAGUACGGCAGGAAGGCUACCAUGAUAGCAGCAGCCUGCGUCUGCAUCGUCGGCGGAGCCUUACAGUCCGCUUCUGUGGCCAUCGCAAUGUUCUUGGUCGCCCGCUUCAUCGCUGGGUGGGGUGUGGGAAUGAUGGCCGUGCUAAUUCCUAUCUACCAAGCAGAGAUCUCGCCGCCGGCUUCACGUGGGCUUCUCGUCGGACAACACGGAGCGUGGCUCGUGACUGCCUAUGCUAUCGCUGGAUGGGUCGGUGUUGGGACGUACUACUCGCCUAAUUUGAGCUUUCAAUGGCGCUUCCCGCUCGCGGUGCAGUGCGUCUGGCCUCUUUCUCUGCUGUGCUGCAGUCCCUGGAUCCCCGAGUCGCCUCGGUGGCUUUUACAGCAGAAUCGACCUGAAGAAAGCUGGCGUAUUGUUGCCAAGCUUCACGUCGGCGCAUCAGAUGACCUAUACUCCGAUGAAAACUCAUUCGCCCGACAAGAGUUCCACCAAAUGAGGACGCAGGUUGAGGCAGACUCUAAGGCGUGGAUAGCUGGUGGUGGUUUCCAGCAAAUAUUCACGAAGCCAUCAUACCGUAAACGCUUCGCAAUUGGGUUCUUCACCCAGAUCGCUGCGGAGUCCACUGGCUCAAUGGUGGUUUAUAAUUAUAUGGUCGUAAUGUACCAGCAGCUCGGUCUCAGCGGAGGACUAGUUUUGAUAUUGGGUGCUCUUUACGUGACGGUAGCCGCCUCUUGCAACUUCUUGGCUUCGUUGUUGAUGGACCGAGUGGGUCGCGUCCGAUUGCUGCUAUGGGGACUUACUGGAUGCAUGCUGUCACUCGCCCUCCAGUGCGCUAUGGAAGCCACUUACGUCGGUACGACAAACCGCGUCGGAAAUUCUCUCGGUGUCUUCUUCAUAUUCUGUUUCAUAUUCUUCUAUGCUAGUGGCAUUGACGCGACAUCGUUCGUAUACUGUUCAGAGAUCUUCCCAACGCAGAUACGUCCGCAGGGCAUGGCGUUUUCAAUCUUUGGCCUUUUUCUUUCCACCGUCGCAUAUUUGGAAGCAGGACCGACUGCAAUAGCCACAAUCAAAUGGCGGUAUUAUUUGAUGUUCACAAUAUUGACUGCUUUUAAUAUUGUUGUAGUCUGGCGCUUCUUUCCUGAGACAAAGGGCCUUUCUCUGGAAGAGAUCAAUGCCCAGUUCGGCGAUGAAGUUGCAGCCGAGCGUAUGGACGUUAGCGAACCCAAGUCACCAUUUGAAAAUGACAUGGGCAAAGCUGACGUUGAACAUAGCGAGACUCCUAGUUGA